CGCAGGGAGAAGGAUGGAUAACUCUGGCAAGACCGAAAAAUUCCAGCUGCAUGUUCCUAAUCUCGAGGAGCUCUGUCAGGUGCUGGAAUCAGGACUCAACAAGAAUUUUUCAGAUGUAAAAGUUUCUGUCACUGACUGUCCAGAUCUUACACAGCAGCCUUUUGGGUUUCCCGUCAAAGGUCUGUGCGGCAAGCCUCGUAUUACUGAUGUAGGAGGUGUACCUAAUCUGAUUCCUCUGGUCAAACUGGACAAGGUGUACAACAUGAACAGUGUAUCUAAGGAGGUGGAGCUGCCUGGUGCAUUUAUUCUUGGUGCCGGUGCCAUCUCUUUCAAAACUGCUGGAAUAAAUGGAGAGUUAAUGCCGCUGGUGCUGACUGAAGCUGAGGGGAGAUCUGCGGUGAAUGCCAGUUAUUUUUCCUCCAUCAACCCAGAAGAUGGAAAAUGUCUGCAAGAGAAAUACAGCGACAGGUUUGAUGACUGUGACUUUGGGCUUCUCGCAAACCUCUAUGCAUGUGAGGGCAAACCUGGAAAGGUGAUUGAGGUGAAAGCCUGCAGAAGGACCGGAGAGGACAGUCUCGUGAGCUGCAUGAGAAAGACCAUGGCAGAGCAUUACGGAGAGAAGAGCGUGGCACUGGGAGGAACGUUCAUUAUACAAAAGGGGAAGGCAAAAAUCCACAUCAUGCCACGUGAGUUCUCUGUCUGCCCUCUAAACACCGACGAGGAUGUCAAUAACUGGCUUAGGCAUUUUGAAGUCAGCGCACCACUGAUCUUUCAAACCGUCAUGAUAUCCAGAGACCCGGGUCUUGACCUGAGAGUGGAGCACACGCAUGGCUUCAGCCACCAUGGUGAGGGGGGCCAUUACUACACGGACACCACCCCAAACACUGUGGAGUAUCUGGGAUACUUCCUGCCUGCUGAGACUGUCUACCGCAUCGACCGACCCACUGAGACACACAAUGUUGGCAGAGACUAAAACAUUCAGAGUUCUGUUUUUAAAUACAGUAAAAACGUUCAAAAUGCUGAUAAUUCAUGUUGAUCUUUUUUUAUGGGACCAUACAGUAUAUUCAUCAAAAGAAAAUAACUGUAAAGUUAAAUUCGUAAUUGAAUAUAUUGAUCACUACUUGAUAUUCAAGUCCUUUCAGUUAGCUUAAUUUCAGAGGAAUUUGUAGUUUGAUUGUAUUGUUCCUAAAUGUUAACUUUGACCACUACAAGACGACAGUGCUUCGUAUAAAUACCCCUAUUUGAAAAUUUUUAAUUUUUGCAUUUCUCUGUGAAUGUAGACAAUAUUUUUGCUGCAUUUGAACUACUUUUUUAAUUAUUAAACAGUUACAUCCUUUAAAAUAAA